UCACCCCUGCACACGAGGCUGCACGUAGAGGUAGUAGAAGUCAGAUAUGGCCAUCCUUGCACACCUCUCGAUCAGCCACCGCUGGCGCGGCAUCUCCUCCUCCAGCCACCUCACGAGAUUGACCGCAUACUGCGACACAUAAUGCAGGAAGUCAGCGCAGGGAAUGUCAAGCGCAAUGCGUACCUUGAGCUGGUGGGACCUGACGAAGCGAUCAAGCUCAGCCCACUCAAUUCCUGCACACAAAACAUGGAGAGACUCCGACGUCGACUCCUUCGUCUUCAGUUGACCAGUCAGUGCAAAGGAGUGUGUGGCUAUGCGCACGAGGGGGAAGAAGGAAGUCAGAGGAGUUGCUGACUGAUUGACAUGGGAAUUUUACGUAAAUGCAUAACGGGCGAGAAAAAACUCACAUAUGACACCCCCUAACAGCUGUGAGGAAUAGUCCGACACAGGUAAACCGACUUAGGCAUGGGGUAUCGCUCUACAUGAGUCAAGGCGGAGAGGGAGCUUGGAAAGGGAGACUGCGCGCUAGGGGGCGUGCCACGUG